CAGAGGAAAACCCGUUAGUUUGUAGAGGAGAAACCGUGACCGUCCAUGUCUUGUCUACAAAUAUCAACACGCUGACAAAAAGUUGUUGACAGCAAUGUCGAGAGAAAACACCACUCGAAGUUUGGACAGUAUAGACCUCGCUGCUUUAAGAGAUCCAGCAGGGAUCUUUGAGUUGGUGGAGGUGGUUGGCAAUGGAACCUACGGUCAGGUGUACAAGGGUCGUCAUGUCAAGACAGGCCAACUGGCAGCUAUCAAAGUCAUGGAAGUCACAGAGGAAGAAGAAGAGGAGAUAAAACUGGAGAUCAACAUGUUGAAGAGUUAUUCCCACCAUAGAAACAUCGCUACCUACUAUGGAGCUUUUAUUAAGAAAGGUCCUGCUGGACAGGACCACCAACUCUGGUUGGUGAUGGAGUACUGCGGAGCCGGCUCGGUCACAGACUUGGUGAAGAAGACCAAGGGCAACUGUCUGAAGGAGGACUGGAUAGCUUACAUCUGCCGAGAGGUGCUCAGGGGUCUUUCCCAUCUCCACUCCCAUCAUGUGAUUCACAGAGACAUUAAGGGACAAAAUGUUUUGCUCACAGAGAAUGCUGAAGUCAAACUGGUUGACUUUGGAGUGUCGGCACAGCUGGAUAAGACCAUCGGUCGGCGGAACACCUUCAUCGGUACUCCCUAUUGGAUGGCUCCGGAGGUCAUAGCCUGUGACGAGAACCCGGAGGCCACAUAUGACUACAGGAGUGACCUCUGGUCCUUAGGCAUCACCGCUUUAGAGAUGGCUGAAGGAGCCCCUCCUCUGUGUGACAUGCAUCCAAUGAGAGCGCUGUUUUUGAUUCCACGAAACCCUCCACCCAAACUUAAAUCAAAAAAAUGGUCGAAGCGUUUCUUGUCGUUUGCCGACAGCUGUCUGGUCAAGAACCAUCUGCAUCGGCCCGCCACGGACACGCUGCUGAGGCACGCUUUCAUCCGAGAUCUGGCCAAUGAGAGACAAGUGCGCAUCAUGCUCAAAGAUCACCUGGACCGAACCAGGAAGAAAAGGGAGAAAGAGGGUCCAGAGUAUGAGUACAGUGGCAGUGAAGAAGACGAUGACGAGGUGACAGAGGAGGAAGGAGAGCCCAGCUCCAUAGUGAACGUUCCUGGUGAAUGGACGCUGAGACGGGAGUUUCUCCGUUUGCAGACGGAGGACCGUGAAGGGGGCAGAGAGGGGGGCCACGGGGGAGCUGGGGGUCAACAACGACAACAGGCAUUGCAGCAGCACAGGCAGCAGUUGGCGGAGCAGGAGCGAUACAAGCAGCAGUUGCUGGCCGACAGACAGAAGAGGAUCCAACAGCAACAUGAACAGCGGCAAAAGCUAGAGGACCAGCAGAGGCGGCAGCUGGCAGACUGCGCCUUCCAGUGGGCGGAGCUUCAAGAGAUUUUUAUUGGGGAGGAGUCUGAUCCCCAAGACGGCAGAAUCGUAUUGGAUGAGAGAAACAGGAGGAGUGACCGGAGACAGGACCAGGCAGGCAGACAGCCGAGUGCCGAUGUGUCAGUGAGGCCUCUGGACUCCGCCACAGAGCAGAGAGCCGUGGCUCCAAACCAGCUGCUUCAGCACAAGGCCCAGCUCUCCCAGCCUCAGCUCCAACCGCAAGCCAAGCCCCAGCCUCUGGCUCAGCAUCAGCAGCCCUCAGCGGGCAGGAGAUCGCACCGCACCCUACCCAAGGACCAAACCCAGCUCCUGUCGCUGCAGCACGACCACAGACACAGGGAGCGGGAGAGGCAGAGGCAGAGAGAAAAGCCGGUGGCAGCUGUCCAGAAGCUAACAGCUAAAAGUGGGAGCACAGCUGCUGCUGCUGCUGCUGCUGCUGCUGCUGCUGCUUCCUCGCCCAGCCGCCCUGCAAACAGCCAGCGCUCAGCGAUGGACUUCCAAGAAUCAAACCUAGCCAGGCUGCUUCUGGCUGCUGGUCUGCCCAGCCAGAUGCACUCUAGGUUGGGCUCGGGGAGCAGCUCUAGUCCUUGUACUCCAGCCCUGCAGAGAGCUCACCUCAACCAGAAUGCCAAUCUGCGCUCCAGUCGAGACUCCCCUCACAGCAGCUCUAUGUCAGAUAUGGCCAUCUCCCCGUUGUCCCCAUUCUCCCCCACGUCCCCAACUGAUGAUGUCUUCUGGGACUCCGGGACACCACCGAAGGUCCCAGAACGCACUACCUCGAAGUUCUACUGUAGAGAGCUGGUGAUGGGACACAAGAGGGCCGCUUCAAGUGGCAGUCCCGGGUCUGUCGCAGACAAGAGCGGACGGUCUGUGUCUCACGGAGUCCCCUCCUGCAGCAGCAACCACCCAGGCUACUUCAAACUGGAGAGUCCUCUGCUACAGCACCGUCUCCAGCAGCACCGGAGGGCACAAGAAAACGUGACCAGUGGACAUACACAAGGCAUUAGAUCUGCUCUGAGUCGGCUUAACAAGGCCACGGAAUACUCCUCAUCCAGCGACGAGGUCGGCAGCAGUGAUGAUGAAGAGAGGAACAGGUCUGGCCUGUCCAAUGGAAAAAGAAAAUACUUCAGAGGAAUACCUGAUGGCAUCGUACUGCAACCUCAUCACAAUCUUAACCAGAUUUCUCGGCUAGGUUCAGAUGAUACCUACCUGCUACCAGACCUUCUGCAGAAAACGUCCUCCUCCAGUCCUACCCACAAUGCACUGGGCCAGCUGCGGCAAACACGUGAACUCAACUACUCGCAGUCACCCACAGCCCCUCGAUCCCCCACACACCAGGACCUACAUGCCGCCAGCAGUCCUACUGGUAAAAACGCCUCCUCAUCUUCCUCUUCAUCCUUCCUGUCAUUCAUCGAUCCAAGAUUGAUCCCCAUAUCAUCGCCACCACAGAGCCCUGUGGGCAGUAAGGGUGAGCAAAUCAAGAGAGAGAACCACAGGAAGGGCUCUGUGGUGAAUGUGAACCCGACCAACAUUCGUCCGCAGAGCGACACUCCAGAGAUCCGCAAGUACAAGAAGAAAUUCAACACUGAGGUUCUCUGUGCUGGACUAUGGGGUGUGAAUCUGUUGGUGGGGACAGAGAAUGGUCUGUGGCUGCUGGAUCGAAGUGGUCAGGGGAAAGUCUACUCCCUCAUCAGCAGACGAAGGUUUCAGCAGAUGGAUGUGUUGGAAGGACUCAACGUGCUGAUCACUAUAUCAGGUAAAAAGAACAAGCUCCGUCUGUACUAUCUGUCCUGGUUAAGGAAUAAAAUCCUGCACAAUGACCCAGAGGUGGAGAAGAGACAGGGUUGGACCUCAGUAGGGGAUCUAGAAGGCUGCGUACACUAUAAAGUGGUGCGUUACGAUAAGAUAAAGUUCUUAGUGAUUGCUUUGAAGAACGCCGUGGAGGUGUACGCCUGGGCCCCCAAACCCUACCACAAAUUCAUGGCCUUCAAGUCAUUCAGGUCUCUGCCUCAAAAACCAAUGUCUGUUGACCUGACAGUGGAGGAAGGCCAGAGGUUAAAGGUCAUCUACGGCUCCUUGUCUGGUUUCCACGCCAUCGAUGUCGACUCUGGAACACCUUAUGACCUCUACCUGCCUACACAUAUCCAGGGCUCCAUUCAUCCCCAUGCCAUCAUCAUUUUGCCCAACAGCGCUGGAACAGAGGUUCUGGUUUGCUAUGAAGACGAGGGCGUCUACAUCGACACCUACGGCCGCAUCACCAAGGAUACAGUGCUGCAGUGGGGGGAGAUGCCUGCGUCGGUCGCCUACCUUCAGUCUAACCAGGUGAUGGGUUGGGGAGAAAAGGCCAUAGAGCUGAGGUCAGCCAACACAGGGAACCUGGAGGGAGUUUUCAUGCACAAGAAGGCCCAGAAACUCAAGUUCCUCUGUGAAAGGAAUGACAAGGUCUUCUUUGCCUCGGUGCAGUCCGGAGGUAGCAGUCAGAUUUACUUCAUGACGCUUGGACAGAACUCACUGUUCAACUGGUAACAAGGGGACAACAGGUCCCCUCUGGGAUCAGCUGGUGGUGUCUGCCUUCAUUACUCUGGGUUUGCCUGGUGAUGCCUUUUUAUUAUGCUGCCGACUGAUGUUCAUCUCCAUGGAUACUGGAUCUUGUCUAGUUGUUUAUGUAAAUGUGCAUGGAUCAGCAGUUGAUUAUAACUCCGGCUGCAGCGAAAAACAGCUUGAGUGCAUCCCCACCAUGAACGCUGAAGCCUGAAUCAUCACUCCUUCGGCUGCAGCGACACAAAAAAUCUGCACCAGAAAUUCGGGCAAAAUAAGAGCUUUAGUUCACCGCCGCCUCACCCAUCCACCUAAGCGUUAUUAAAAGGUACAACUAGCAGUGUCAGCAUCCGUAAUGUGAAAAGCACACAGAGCCUUUUUCUUAUGUCUGCACUCCAUAGCUAGCUGGAGCCUUGGCAGGUGAUUGGAUGAACCAUCUGUCUAUCACGUCCGCCACUGUUUUGACUGAACAGUUGCGGCCGUCGCACACACACACACACACACACACCUAAACCACGGCCGUAGCUGCCCGUAGCUCCUUACCGGACGCUGAUUGGUUCGGUAAGCUGGUAGUUCGGACACAAACGCAUUACUUGAAGCCUGACGAGAUGGAUUGUUUUGGUGAUUCACGCGUGAUCUUUUGAGAAUCCAGCUGCCGUGCAAGGUCACCCGACCAUCGGUGCACCGGUGUCGAAAGGAAUCAAGACUCCGUUUUUUGUGUCCUGCUUUAUCCAAAUCUACCAGGAAGCAAAACCGAUGACUUGAUUCAGGUGAUUGUGUGGCGACUUCUAAUAAACACCUGAUCAUCGACGAACAUCUGGCCUCAAGAUCCCGUCCCUCCUAACAUCUGUCAGCGCCGGAGACCACAGCAGUGCGCUCGGUUUGUUCCACAUUCAUCUCUCCUGGAUCGGUUAACCAUUUUUUUUUUCUCUUUCUUUAAAGGACUCCAUCCUUUCGGUUACUCAGCUAAUUUUGUGUAUAUCAGUUAUUCGCUCAUAUUUGCUUCAACAAUGCCUGGCCUCGGUGUAUUACUGGAUCAACUGCUUCCUUUUGAUCUGAUGGAGUCUUGGAUAAUUAUUCUGCUAGGGGAGAAAGAAAACAGAAAUCCGUCAUUCAUUCCACGGACAUCAUCUGUCAUCAUCUGGGCAUUUAAAAAGACUGUAUUGGGGCCAAAAACGUGGACUAAGUAGGACAAGAACUGUAUGUCAUUCUACAUUUUGUCACUACUGCUUGCCAUUUUUUCUUGAUUUUCUUUAAUCAAUUUCCAGAUCCAUGAACCGCCCGUAUCUCCAAUACCUCAGCAGUGUUUUUAUGAAGGCUUUCAGUAGUUUUUCUUCUUCUUCUUCUUCUUCUUCUUCUUCUUCUUCUUCUUCUUCUUCUUCUUCAGUGCUAUAAGCAUAUAUCAAGCACCCAAACAAAUUGGUCAAUUACUGUACUAAAUCCUUAGGCCUCCUGCACAGGUUAGAGCUUGCACACUGCCUGCGUGACUCGAGCCGCGCCGAAAACG